UUAAUUUGUCCUUUUUUUUUUCUUCUUCCCAACCUUUUCUUUUCUUCAUCAUUUAUUAUGGCCACUACAGUAGAUCCUGUUACUCUUCCUCCUCUUAAAGAAGAAAAACAAGUCUCUGCUGUAGCUGACUUUGUUUCUGGAAAUUUUGGUGGUAUGGCCAAUGUACUUGUAGGUCAACCUUUGGAUACAAUCAAGGUACGAUUACAAUUAGAUCAUGGAAGGUUCAAUGGAGCUUGGGACUGUGCAGUACAAACCGUCAAAAAUGAAGGUGUUUUGGCUUUAUAUAAAGGCAUGGCAAGUCCACUGGUUGGUAUUGGUGCUGUGAAUGCUUUAUUAUUUGCUGCUAAUUCUCAAUUCAGACAAUUAUUACAAGAUCAUCCUGGACAAGUCUUAUCUAUUGGUCAAAUUGGUCUUGCUGGUGCUGGUGCUGGGAUUGUGAAUAGUAUUUUAGCUUCACCUGUUGAAUUACUUAAAAUUAAAAUGCAAGCUCAAUAUGGUAAACCUAUGGGACAAGAACGAUAUUUCACUGGUCCUGUGGAUUGUGCAAAAUAUUUGAUUCAAAGAGAUGGAUGGGCUAAUGGAUUAGGUAGAGGCAUGUAUGCCACCAUUUUACGUGAAAUCCCAGCUUAUUUUGGUUUCUAUACCGGAUUUGAAUUGGUCAAACGACAACUUAUUAAGAAUCAAGAGCAUGAUGCUACCGUGACUCAACUCAUGAUAUCAGGUGCUGCAGGUGGUAUUGGUUAUUGGAUCUUUAGUUAUCCUUUUGAUGUAGUGAAAUCAGUGGUACAAAAUCAAACAGAAGCUCCUAAAGGAUUAUACGUUACCAAGGUGAUGAAACAAAUCUAUGCAAGAGAUGGAAUCAAUGGACUUUUUAGAGGCAUGGCCCCAACUAUUCUUCGAAGUAUUCCUGCUGCUGGUGCCACCUUUACUGCUUAUGAACUAUCCAUGAGAAUGUUUAAUCAUCUAUAGAUAAAAAAAAAAAGUUAGGUAUUAUUAUUAUUAUUAUUAUUUUGAAUGAUCCAUAGUUUAGACUUGAUAUGUAUAUUAUUCCCCCACAUACACCAAAAAAAAAAAAAAA